GGACUCCACAGCCCCCUCCAGCCUGUUUAUGGCCACCAUAUUUGGUCAGGAAGAUGAAAAAUGCAAGGCAUAUUAAAGGAAAUGUCCUUAUUGACCUCAGCCCUGGUUCCUAUGUCCACCAUCUGUAUUCAGCCUGUGAGUUUUUUCAACACAUCAUAGUCCUGAAGGUCAGUGACAGAUGCAUCCUGGAGCUGAAGAGAUGGCUGGACUCACGGACAGGAGCAUUCGAUUGGGAACAUGCUGCAAAACUUCAUGCAGAGAUAGAAGGAAACAGUGACCAGUUUCAAGACAAAGAAGGAAAAGUGAGAUCAGCCAUUCCACAUGUUCUGAAAUGUGACUUUGAGAAGGAAAACAUGGCGGAUCCGAUAGUCUUACCGCCAGCAGAUUGUAUCAUCAGUGUUUGGCUCCUAGAAGCUACCUGCAAAGACCAAGAUGAUUAUAUCAGAUAUCUCAGGAAGUUCUCAGGGUUGUUGAAACCUGGAGGACACAUCAUGUUAAUUGGGGCUUUAGAUAUGUCAUAUUACACCGUUGGGAAAGACAAGUUCCAUGCUUUCACAUAUGAUGAGGAUUUUGCCAGGAAAGCUCUAGUUGGAGAAGGAUUUGUUAUAGAUAACUGUAAGGUUAAGAAGAGAACGGCUGUGAGUGACCUUACUGACUAUAAGGCCAUGAUAUUCAUUGCAGCUCACAAGGAAAAAUUGAUCUGAGUAAAAAAAAAAAAAAAGCAACCUAAGUCUGUGUGAAGAAUUAACAAGACUUUUAACAAGAGCUCUAGUUUAUAUAGUAUAACUAUAUUGGGGGCCACUUCAAUGUUAAGACCUUAUCGUAGACUUAUAAUUGUGCUGAGACAUGACCUGAUCUUAUAGGAGCCUGGGAUUUUGGAAUAAGGGAUUUUUUUUUAUUUUUUAUUGUUGUUCUGUUCUUUAUUUGCUUUUUAUUUAUAGUGCAAUAAAGUGUCAUGAACUGUCCAGAGAAAAAGAGGUUUGCUAUAGGGAUUUGUUCCUGCUCUGGACAGUUCCUGACAUGGACAGAGGUGUCAGCAGAGAGCACUGUGGUCAGACAGAAAAGAACACCACAACUUCCUGUAAAGCAUACAACAGCUGAAAAGUACUUUAGGAUUAAGAUUUUUUAUGAAUAAGCAAUUUGCAAAUCUGUAUAGCUUUCUGGCACCAGUUCAUUAGAAAAAAAUAGUUUUCCACUGGAGUACCCCCGAUGGAUGAUCAUAGAGGAUUUUUACCCACCCCCAAAAAUGUCCUUCUCACCCAAAUCCCUCCAUAGUAUGCCAAAGGAAUCUCCACUCCACGCUGUCAAAUGUAUUCAUUGUGGCCAAUGACAGGAUGGAGCUUAGACCCUUCCCCUUAAUUUGAAAAUGUGUAAACAACUGUACCAGAUUAUCAUGCGUAUCCCUACCCGGCACAAACCUGGUCUGUUCUUCACUGAUAAUUUUUGUGAAAACCUUAGCCAAUCUCAUCGCCAAAACCUUGGCGACGAUUUUGUCAUCAAUAUUUAAUAAAGAUAUGGA